UUUUACAUCUAUUUGAAAUAAACGAACAAUGACAGAAAAUUUAAAUGCAAAAUUGUUUUAUAAUACUGUGUUGUGUCAAGCAUUUUCACCAGACAGUCGAUAUUUAUUAGCAGGGAAUAUAUAUGGAGAUGUAUCAGUUUAUGAUUUAUCAUUAGCACUUGGUCCUCGUCAAACUGAUAAUGAGGAAUUAUUAGGGCCGACAUAUCAAUUUAAGCCACAUUCCGAUCAACAAGUACAAAGUAUUGUAACAACUAAUAAUUUUUUAGUCACUGGUACUUGUGGGGAAAUUGCAGGAUGGGACUGGAAAAUAGUUACUUCAUCAAAGUGUUCAAAAAUUAAACCUUCCUGGGUAAUUCAAAUCCCAUCUAAAAAAGACAGUCUUGAGAAAUCGGAUGUCAAUUGUAUGAUAUAUUCAAAAGAAAAUAAUGUCAUUUAUGCCGGAUCGGGGGACAAUCAAAUUCACAUUAUUAAUCUAGAAAAUGGAAAAAUAUCGAGUAGCUUGAGUGGGCAUACCGGCUUCAUUCAUAAUAUUGCAUUAUCAGGCAGACAAUUAGUGUCCGGAGGGGAGGAUGGAACAGUUCGAUUAUGGGAUCUUCGUAAUAAAGAAAAUACAAACAUUUUACAUCCUUAUUUAGAUGAUAAGGUAGCAAGACCAAGAAUUGGCAAGUGGAUUGGUGCUGUGGAUUCUACAGAUGAUUGGCUACUUUGCGGUGGUGGGCCAAGAUUAUCUUUAUGGCAUACGCGAACAAUGGAAGUAGCUAUGGUUUUUGAUCUUCCCGAUGACGGGAUCCAUGUUGCGGAUAUUUAUGAGGAGAGAAUUAUUGCUGGUGGUGCAAUGCCAUAUCUCUAUCAUUUAACGUAUCAAGGAGUGUCAUUAGCUAAAGUCCCAGUUUCUAGUAAUACAGUCUAUAGUGUAAUUUAUCAAGAGCAGCCACAAAAAGUAUUAUGUAUCGCUGGUUCAAGUAAUAAAAUCGAUUUAUGUACGAACUUUAACUAUCGUGAAAUGAUUUUGAAAUUUGCGUGAUUUUCUAAUCGAAACCGAUAUUAAAAUAAAAGUUU